UUUCUGUCACGGAGGACAAAGUUUGAGUCCGGUAGCACCUUUAAAACCAAUAAAGUGUUAUCGAAUAUAAAUAUAUUUGACCCUUGGUGUCGACUCUAUGGUUUGAGAACACCGACAAGUUCAACGGGCGGCACAGAGCGCCCGGCUAGAGCGGCCCGAAGUAGUUAUUUCCGCCCUAUUUGCCAAAAUGGGAUGGAACCAUAGAGGUGCGGGGUAGAGCGUCCACGCCUUGAGCCUGAAGGCGGCGCUGCACCGAGGUAGCCAAUAGAAGCCGCGCUGGGCUGAUAGAGUCGUCGUGCUCGAGCGGUCUUUCUGGACUCAUCCCCUGAGAGGGAAAAACGGGGGACGGGAACAUAGAGAUUCAAGGGUAGAGCGGCAGGACCAGGGGAAAGCCACUUCCGGGUUCCGCUUUGGAGCCAGCUGUUCUCCCGGCGAGAAGCGGAAAAGGAGCCGAAGGCGCGGAGUCUCCCUCCCUCCCUCCCUCGUUCUUCGACAUGGGGAAGACGGACUUCCUGAGCCCCAAGGCCAUCGCCAACCGCAUCAAGUCGAAGGGGCUGCAGAAGCUGCGCUGGUAUUGCCAGAUGUGCCAGAAGCAGUGCAGGGACGAGAAUGGCUUCAAAUGUCACUGCAUGUCGGAAUCUCACCAGAGGCAGCUGCUGCUUGCGUCAGAAAACCCUCAGCAGUUCAUGGAUUACUUUUCAGAAGAAUUCCGGAACGAUUUCAUCGAGCUGCUUCGAAGACGCUUUGGGACGAAGAGAGUCCACAACAACAUAGUGUACAAUGAAUACAUCAGUCACCGGGAGCACAUCCACAUGAACGCCACCCAGUGGGAAACGCUGACCGAUUUCACCAAGUGGCUCGGGAGGGAAGGCUUCUGCAAGGUGGACGAGACCCCCAAGGGCUGGUACAUCCAGUACAUCGACCGGGACCCCGAGACGAUCCGCCGGCAGCAGGAGCAAGAGAAGAAGAAGAAGCAGGACUUGGACGACGAGGAGAAGACGGCCAGGUUCAUCGAGGAGCAAGUCCGGAGAGGCCUGGAGGGGAAGGAGCAGGAAGCCCCGGUCUACACAGAACUAAACCGGGAAAACGAGGAAGAGAAAGUGGUAUUUAAUUUGAACAAAGGAGCAAGCACUUCCACAGCGUCGCAACCUAAGCCCAGUUUGCUUGGGCCCAGCGGCCUGAAGACGGCAGGGACGGCCCCGACGGCGAAGCGGAAAGAAACCCCUCCGGUCCCAGGGCAGUCAAAGGAAAAGAAGAGGAAGACAGCACUGGAGGAGAUCAUAGAGUUUGAAGAAGAGAAGAAAAAAUCAACUCGAACCGACCACUGGCUGCAACCUGAGAUUGUGGUGAAAAUCAUUACGAAGAAACUUGGUGAGAAAUACCAUAAAAAGAAGGCAGUCGUUAAGGAGGUGAUCAACAAAUACACAGCCGUCGUCAAAUGUAUCGAUUCCGGAGACAAACUGAAACUCGACCAGACCCAUCUGGAAACAGUAAUUCCAGCACCAGGCAAAAAGGUGCUGGUUUUAAAUGGGGGCUACAAGGGAAACGAAGCUACUUUAGAAGGCAUAAACGAGAAGACGUUUUCAGCAACGAUACUCAUUGAAUCGGGGCCUCUAAAGGGACAGCGGGUCGAAGGCGUGCCGUACGAAGACAUCUCCAAGCGGGCGUGAGCGGCAAAGGCUGAUGGACUCUUGAAAAGCAUUCGGCCCUGAAGGUGCCCCGAACCGUGAGCGUCGCUGUGCCUCCGCUGGAGUUUUAAAAAAUCCAUUUGCAGAAGCAAGCCGCCGGGUCUUUUUAAAGAAAGCAGUCUUGGACGAGAAGACUUUCUUGCUAUCGAAGCCACUUAAUGAACUCUGUGAGGUUUUGCUAUUGAACAGUAUUUGUUCCGGCUCACGUAAACGGGGAUAUUUUUUGAUGUCAAGCGUAAUACAUAAAAGCGCUACCCUUUCAGAGACUUGGAGGAA